UGAGAAUGUCUCCAGUUGUGUAUUUGCUUAUUUGAACACUUUCCUGUGAAAUGUUGACCCCUUCACUGUGCACUGAACUGUCAGACCGUAUCACUGCCCUCACACCCCUCACUGUGUUAUUAUGGGUUGAUGAAUACAGUGCAGUGCAUAUUCCCUAAACUGGUCUGUGUUCAUUAGUCCUGUGUAGCCGUCCUGGGAUGCAGAGCCCCCCCCACCUCCUGACUGUCAGUGCCUGUGCCUGGGUCAGCAGCCUCUGUCACCUAGGAGAGGUUGUUCCGAGUGACUCCCUGGAGGUGCCAAACGAGGCCGCCAUGUCGGUGACCGUUCACGAGAAUCGCAAGUCCCGCACUAGCACGGGCUCCAUGAACAUCUCGCUGUUCCACAAGCCUUCACAUCCCGACAGCGUCCUGACCCACCUGAACACCUUGAGGAAACAGUGCCUGUUCACUGACGUCACUCUAUGGGCCGGGGACCGCUCCUUCCCAUGCCACAGGGCUGUCCUGGCAGCAUGCAGUCGUUACUUUGAGGCCAUGUUCAGCGGAGGACUACGAGAGAGUCUGGACAGUGACGUCAACUUCAGAGACAGUAUACACCCUGAGGUCUUGGAGCUCCUGCUGGAUUUUGCUUAUUCUUCUCGAGUCAUCAUAAACGAGGAGAACGCUGAGUCAUUGUUAGAGGCGGGCGACAUGUUGCAGUUUCAUGACAUUCGAGACGCGGCAGCAGAGUUUUUGGAGAAAAACCUACAUUCUUCAAACUGCCUGGGGAUGAUGCUGCUAUCGGACGCUCAUCAGUGUAAGCGACUGUAUGAGCUGUCGUGGAGGAUGUGUUUAUUACACUAUGAGACGGUAAGAGAAUCCGAGGACUUCUACAGUCUGUCUAAAGACAAGCUGCUGGAGCUGAUUCUGAGCGACGAGCUGGAGAUAGAAGAUGAACAGGUUGUGUUUAACUCCGUGAUGCGGUGGGUUCGAUACGACUUGGAGGGUCGGCGUCACCAUUUACCGGAGCUGCUGAGAGGAAUCAGAUUAGCUCUGCUGCCGUCUGAGUGUCUGCUUGAGGCUGUAGCCUGUGAAGAGCUGGUGAUGGCUGACAAGAGGAGCAGGUCAAUAGUAGAAGAGGCGAUGCAGUGCAAGAAAAAAAUCCUUCAGAAUGACGGGAUAGUGACAAGUCCAUGUGCGCGCCCACGCAAGGCAGGACACACACUGCUGAUACUGGGAGGCCAGACCUUCAUGUGUGACAAGAUUUACCAGGUUGACCAUAAAGCCAAGGAGAUCAUACCCAAAGCAGACCUCCCCAGCCCCAGGAAGGAGUUCAGUGCAUGUGCUAUCGGCUGUAAGGUUUACGUCACAGGAGGCAGAGGAUCAGAGAACGGAGUCUCUAAAGAUGUCUGGAUCUACGACACUGUCCACGAAGAGUGGUCUAAAGGAGCUCCCAUGCUAAUAGCCAGGUUUGGCCAUGGCUCAGCUGAGUUGGAGAACAGUCUCUACGUUGUUGGAGGUCACACAGCCAUAGCAGGAGUGUUCCCUGCCUCACCAUCUGUCUCCCUAAAACAGGUGGAGAGAUAUGAACCUCUUACUAAUAAAUGGACUAUGAUGGCUCCUCUGAGGGAUGGAGUCAGUAACGCAGCUGUGGUCAGUGCCAAACUCAAACUCUUCGUUUUUGGGGGCACCACCAUUCACAGAGACAAGGCCUCCAAGGUCCAAUGCUACGACCCUGUGGGUAACCGCUGGAAUAUCGCUGCUGAAUGCCCCCAGCCUUGGCGCUACACAGCGGCUGCUGUCUUAGGGAGCCAGAUCUUCAUCAUGGGCGGUGACACUGAAUUCACCGCCGCCUCGGCUUAUCGCUUUGACUGUGAAACCAAUCAGUGGACUCGAGUGGGCGACAUGACAUCCAAACGGAUGAGCUGCCACGCCGUGGCCUCAGGGAAUAAGCUGUACGUGGUCGGAGGUUAUUUUGGGACGCAGCGGUGUAAAACGCUGGACUGUUACGACCCCACGUCAGAUAAUUGGAACUCCAUCACCACUGUGCCUUAUUCGCUCAUCCCCACUGCCUUUGUCAGCACAUGGAAACACCUACCUGCCUAACCAGGAGACACCGAUGACAGUUAUUACAGGUGUUGAUGCCCUCUGAGGAGGGUCCCGGACUGGAGGAGCAUCUCAGAGACCCUGCAGUCACAGCCGGCUGAGGACCAACCCUUUUCAAAAACCAGGCUGCAGCUCACAGACUCCGAAUAAGUCCUGAGCGCCGUGGUACAGCACCCAGGUCUUAACUCACACAGAGAGAGAAUGACUCUGCAUCGACGCUUCCUAAAUAAUGUGAUACUCCUCAAACCUGGCUGAUGGAGCGCUCAUACAGAUAAACACCUAUGAGUGUUUGUUUGGUUGUUUGUGGGUUUUGUCUCGUGCCAUGUUUUUUAAUAGUCUUGAAUGCAUUACUAAACCAUUCCAGUGUAAAGACAUAAACUGACGACUUUACCAGACUGCAGUGGUGUCCCUUCAAAAUACAACACAACAGAAAAGAGAGCAGGUCAAAGUUUCCUGUGAACCGUAAGCCUUAUUUGUUAGUUCUUAUUUCAGGUUGCACUAUAUGAUUUCCACCACACCUGCACCAAUCUGAAUGAAAGGAAGAGGGAACUUAAACGGCUAGCUCUUUCAAAAUCUACAUUAAUCUGGGUUUAAGUUAACCAGUGGAUCAAUACAUCACUGAGCAUAAGUGUAUACCAGUGCUACAUCUUAAUUCACAUACUUAUUGUACUUACAUCUGUGCACAGGCCUGUCCCAAUGUGAAGUAAGGCAAAAUGUACUGAAAGUACCUGGAAUGGUGCACUCAAAACAAUCAAAACGUUGAGAAUGAAACGCUGAACACUCAGUCAACAUUAGCCAUCUUAGCUACGUAGUGUAAGUGCGGUUUCUCUGAUGCAUCAACGAUACCACUAUACUGCUGUUGAAAAGAAGCCACCAUAUAUUAUUUUGAGUUAAUUGAGCAAUCUGUAAUGAGUGGCUAACACAACAACACAUUGCUACCUAGCUAGCAAGUGUUAGUUCUUAUUUCUGGUUGUUCGAUGCUAACUAGCAAACAAACUAGCUAGCGAACAGCAGUGAUUGUCACUUCGGGUGAGGGCAUAGCAACCGUGUGCGAUUUGUAACAAUGCUAGCUGGUCGUAAUUCUAAUGCUGCAAAGUGAUUGCAGUGUAUCAAGAAGAGGGUCAGAAUUGAGACACAGCACAAGAGAAUGUUCGGCUUCUCAGCAUUGGAUUGAAAACAUAACCUUUGUAAGCAACUUUAUGUCGGGUUUUUUUGCGAUGAAGCACCCCUACAGUUACGUGUAGCAAUUCACGUAUACACCACCAUUGUAAACACUGUAAACACUUUUACGACAAUCAGCUCAGUGCCGUAAAGCCUUACGCACUUCUUCUGGGAGAUCACCAAAGAACAUACACACUCCAAUUUACAAGUCAGUGUAGCAUCACAAUGGAUCUAAAGCUGUUUUUAUAAGCUAAAAUGUGUAGAUAAUGCUUCUGUAAUUCUGGUCUGGUGUAAAUUAACUACUUUCAGUGGAAUGUUAUUUGUGAUUUCAAGUUUGAUUUGUUAUGUCAGAAAAUAUACAUUACACACGACUGUAUCUUCACUACAUCUUCAAACCUUCACCUGAGACAAAGCUAAUGUUCGCCUUGCGUGCAAACGUGAUAGCAGUAUCAUUUGUGUUUAUUUCACCCCUAAAACUAUACAGUAUGUGCCGGGGAGAAGGCGGUGCUUAUCUCCAUCUAGAUACCAACAAUGUUUGUUCAGAGAAAAAUCCCUCUUGCUGCUUUCUACAUGUUGUGAAAGUCCCAGACAUGAUGUGGAAACCCAACAGUCUGCUGUUUGGAUUCAUAAAAUGAUCUAGAGACGCACAAAUCAACUGAACCAAUCAUUUACUACAAAAUAUGAACCCAAAAUAAGCAUAUUUUACGUGAUAUAUUGCAAUAAAUGUAUCAAAAGGAUGCCGAAAUAACUACCUAAUGCAGGGGUGUCCAAACUACAGCCCGGGGGCCAAAUGCGGCCCGCAGGCCAUUUUGAAUCGGCCCUCUGCAAAUUCUAAAAGUAUAAUGGAAUAUAGCCCACAAAUUAAACUUUUGCUUGUCUUAUAUUGUACUUCUCAAGUAUAUAUGUUAACAUAUAUUACACAGUAUUUAGGUGUUAAUGAGCCCAAUUUUCAAAUACAUUUAGUCAUUUAAAAUGUAAAACAUUUUCUAACAAAUAUGAGUUGAUAAAAAAAACCCAAUAACUUAUUUCUAUAAUAAGCUUGAAAUGUAACCUUCAUAUUUACUCUUAUUAUCAGCAAUCUGAGGCUUCUGUUUUUUAGUUCCCCGGGCGCUGCACAAUAGCUGCCCUCUGCUCCUAGUACUAGGAUGGGUUAAAUGCAGAGGACCAAUUUCACUGUGUGCUCUGCUGUGUGCAUGUAUGUGACUAAUAAAGAGGGUUUCAUUUUUUAUUUUUUUUAAGGAAUGAGCUGCCAACAAAAUAAAUGAAACCCUAAAGAAAGAUGGGAUAUAGGCUGUUUUUUCCUUAAAGCAAGUAUUGCGCAUUAUUCACCUACAUUUGAUUUGUUUUGCUAACUUAUAACUUAACUUAUGAGGCGAUAUUCAGCUCUUUAAGUUGCCCAGCUCUUCGUAUAUUUUUUUUGUAUGUGGCCCUCGGUGAAAAAAGUUUGGACACCCCUGACCUAAUGAUAUGGAUAAGUAAAAAGCCUGAAUCAAUCCUUUGGUCUUUCUAUGGUACUUCAAGAAAAUAACAUUUAAUAUACUUGUUUUCUGAAUGGAGAUCAGACCCUUUAGCGCUAGGCUAAGCUACCAUUGCAGCUGCUCCAACCAAACACAAAACAAUGUAAUGUGAAAUAAAUAAAGCAGCUUCUUGAUUUGUCAUGCUAUAGGCAGCAUAUUUUUGUACACAUACAUUUAUAAACUUCGUUUUUGGCAAGACCACGAAACUCCAACGAUUAUUAAUGAGCGCUGGCAGUUUUAGCAUCAUGUGUUCAUGUUCUAUCCACAUCUAUGCAUUGACUGUAUGUAAUCUCACCACAUGAACAGUUUGUUUCAUGUCGAGUGUGAACGCACCAUUAGAUGAAGGAUGCAGUAAAUAGUACACCCAUCACACGUUUAAAUUAAAGAUAUUGGAAAUAUGAAUUAAUACGAUUACAAACAAUUAACUAUUUAGCUGCUUAGUAACUUGUGAGUUUGCUGCACAAGUACCACACAGUCUUAGUAACGUGGCAUACAAAAUAGGGCCAAAUAUGUCAAAGUGUCAUAUCUUUGUGGUUGCCUGGUGGAGCCCAAACCUCUGAAUCACAUUUCUUACUUUUGCCUUUCCCUGGUGCCAACAAAAUCUUCCCUGAGCAACAUCAUUCAGUCAUUAUGUUAAGGCUUGAAGUUGAACAAUAACAUAGAGCCACAGGAAACACAUCUGGGAGCAUGAUCUCUGGAUGUAUUCCAAAAUGCACGUUGGAUAUUUGCACAUGCACUUGAGUUGUUGUGUUGGGCUGCUGAUGGCACAUCAGUCAUUGGGAAUGUUUUUGAUUUCUUUGAAUGAAAAGCACAGAACAGCCUCAUGUACAGUGUGUCCUGCAGAAACCACCACUGCCAAAGAGUCCUAAAUAUGAUUUCUCUUUUCUGUAACACCUAUGCACAUUUGAUAUGUAUCAAUGCAUUCAUUAGCAGUGGUGUUUUUGUCCCGCAGGUGUGAAGUGUUUUCUGCUGGAGAUAACACCAGCUGUCACAAAAAGAAAAAAGACACAAAUAACGAACAGAUUAUCAGCAGCACACCGAUUCAUAGUGGUUGCUACGUCGUGUUGUCUCUGUGAUACAGUAUUUGCUAAUGUUGUCAGUUUUUUGCACUUGUCCAACUGUUUAAAAUAAGCUGCCGUCAGGAGGUCCCACACUGGUAGGGUAGAAUUUUCUGAAUUCAAUUUUUUCUCGACUUGUAUCCGUUCCUGGACUUUAUGUUCAGCUACUGCACAGAAGUGAAGAGAUUUUUGAGAAUACUCACCUGUUCUUUAGAAUUUGAGGAAGGAAUGUGUUUUUGAAAGAUUGUUGCAUUGAUAUGGAAAAGCAAAAGAAAAUAUUUGAGGUAAAAAACGUUGGAUACUGGAUGUUUUUAUUGAUGAAAAUAAACUUGGACUCACUUUUUAAACUUC